UGCUGUCGUGUACUUCAAUACAACCGUUUACGUGUUAGAUCCGAAAUAUCAAGUGUGUUUCAAAAACGGAAAAUUAGAUAAUUCUGUAUAUUUACAAAAAUGUGACUAUACUAUACCUAAAUAAGUUGUAAAAGACUAUGAUUUAAAAUGUGGGUUACAAAUUAAUUUACAUUAAAUGACAAAAUCGUUUAGUGCUGUGAUUUUGUGAUUAAGUCUACAAGUACAACAGAGUCUACAUCUGCAAGUGUACAGCAGUAAAAAAAUAUUCAUCUAUAUUUUUAAUAUGAUGUAGUUAUAUUACAAAAACGAUAGUGAAUUCGCUGGCUUCUAAGAUAAUUGUUAUUGAACAUUCGUUUUCAAAGUACUAAACAGUUUAUCAAAAAAAAUGGAAAAUCCAAAGAUAAGGCAAGAUGCUGAGGAAACAGUGCCGCUGAAAAAGGAAAAAGAUAAAAGACAGAAAUUAACAACUAGAGAGAAGUUCAAGAGUUUAAAAGGAAACAUAACAGUUGAACCGUGUCUUGCGUUCUUUAUGAUAACGAGUGUUGUAACUAUGCUGGGGACCCAAAAUUUAAAUUUAGAAAAAGCUUGCAGAGUCAAUUUAAAAUUGAACGAUACCAUAUGCACGGCCCUAACGCUGAGGCAGCGAGAGAACUUGACUCAAGAAGAAGAUGAGGUGCAGAAGCUGGUUGCGUCCGUGGAGGGAUGGAAGAGCGUCAUCCACACCGCUUUUCCCGUCAUCCUGAUGAUGUUCAUCGGGGCUUGGAGUGAUAGAACGGGGAGACGGAAGGUAUGCAUCCUAAUGCCGGUCGCCGGUGAAUGCAUCACCUGCGUUCUCAAUCUCAUCAACACGUACUUCUUUUACGAAGUCUCCGUGGAAUGGACGGCGUUAAUGGGUACCAUCUUCCUCUCCGUCACUGGUGCAUGGUACACCAUGUUUCUAGGAACGUUCAGCUAUAUUGUGGACAUCAGCUCCAAGCAAACGAGGACCUUCAGAUUGGGAGUACUAACUUUCGGAAUAACCAUCGGGUUGCCGGUGGGAAUGGGACUCAGUGGAAUCCUCCUCCGGUUUCUCGGGUUUUAUGGGUUAUACGGAGUCUGUGCACUUGUCCAGCUAUCAAAUUUCCUAUACAUAUAUUUUCUAAUAGAAGAUCACAGAUGGCUGGAUAAUAAUUACAAGUCAAAGCGAAAAGGAAUUAUCGGAUUUUUCAUUGAAUUUUUUAAUUUUCAAAGCUUGAAAGAAACUCUGCAAAUUCUAACUGAAAAAGGAAAUAACAGUCGAAGACUCAAAGUGUGUUUGAUUUUGUUAAUGGUGUGCUUGAAUUUCGGAUCAUUUUGGGGAGAGACAUCUAUAACAUACAUCUUCUGCCGUUAUCGCUUCAAUUGGGAUGAGCUGAAGUACAGUAUUUAUUCGAUAUACAGCCUGACCUUACAUACCAUUGGGACGAUGAUAGCGAUCGGCUUAUUCAGUAAGAAGCUAAAGGUGGACGACUCCGUGCUGGGCAUCAUGGCCAUCACCAGCAGAAUAUCCGGUGCCCUCGUGUGGGCCUUCGCUGAGAACACCAUGCAGAUAUACAUAGCACCACUGGUGGAGCUAUUAAAUGGCACAACGGUCAUAGCGUUGAGAUCUAUCGCCUCGAAGCUGGUACCAGCUCACGAGUUAGCAAAAGUGUACUCGCUCUUCGGGCUCGCAGAGACCAUCGUACCUCUGAUCUCUGCACCCCUGUACACCCGAGUGUACAUCUCCACGCUACACCUCUUACCCGGCGCUGUGUUCUUGGUAUCUGUGAUGACUGCGACGCCGAUACUGUUGAUAUUCAUAUGGUUCUUCAUUCAACACAAGAAAAAUAUAAGAAGAACAGAACUCAACGUACAAGAGAAUGAGAAGUCGUGACUUGGAAACUUGUGUCAUCGACGUGUAAAUAGCUAAGAUGUAUAAUAGACAAUAAUAAUUAUAUA